AUGCUUAAUGGCUUGUCAAUUAAUUCGUUCAAAUCUGACAGCCUUGGAGCCUUUCUGAAGCGUGGAUUGGAGAUGCGUGCGCUGUCUGAAUGCACUCUGGUACCGAUCGCUAAACUGCCCGAAUUGAUAUUUGUUCUGUACAAAAUUUCACCAGAAUUGAUUGUGCGAGUGAUCCCAUUACUGGUCGAACAGCUCCAGAGUGAAAAUGUGGCAGCUCGCAGUCAGGUUCUUGAAUUAUCGGGCCGAUUAUUCAGUGAUCCGGAGUGCCGCCUCUAUGAGAAUGAGCCAAAUUUGUGGACUGAGUAUCUGAAGCGAUAUUGCGAUAUAAAUCCGGACAUUCGUUGUGCCUGUAUCAAACAGGCCGAAAGCAUUCUUGUCGUUCAGCCAGCACUCAGAGGACAAGUGACUGAUGCUUUAAUUGCACGUUGUAAGGAUUCGCAUCAAGAUGUCCGUCUGGAAGUUAUAAGGAUGGUGCAGCGAUUAGCGCGGCGCAAAUUAGAAGCUUUAAGUGAACGACUUCUCAGUCAAGUCAUUGACAGAUUACGUGAUAAAAAGGUAAUUUUUUUUUUUGAAAUAAUGGUUAAUAUUUUCAAAUUUUGA